AAGUGAAAAAUUCUCGAGUGGGUAUAUAAACCUAGAAGUCCCAUCACUCCAAUUCCUUGAUUGUCAAGAAGAGCGCCAUUUCGACGAUCAGGGCAGAAGCGUAGUCGAUUGAAAUUUCCAUCGCGGAAGAUUACCCUGAGAGACGCCAUGGAUGACCCUGAUGAGACUUCUUAGCGACUUCCCUUCAAAAGCACGCAAUCCGGUCCUGAUUCCUCCCAGCCCGAGCUGAUUGCGCAGGGAGUCGACCCACGUCCUGUUUCGCCGGAAAGAUCGGUUCUUGAGGCCGGCGCCGCGCAUAUUGUUGGAUACCGGGACCCGGGUCGCCGCAGGACCGUUGAAAUGAGCUUGGAUGAUGAGGGCCAAGAGGGAAGAAGGGGGGCGGCGGCGGGGACGAGGGGACCCAUACCGGGGCCGUUGGGCAGCUUCCAGCGGGACCUGAUGGCCGGGGCGGUGAUGGGGGGCGUGGUUCACACCAUCGUGGCCCCUAUCGAGAGGGCGAAGCUGCUGCUGCAGACCCAGGAGAGCAAUUUGGCCAUCGUAAGGGGAGGAGGGCGGCGGCGGUUCGAGGGGAUGCUCGACUGCAUUGUACGAACCGUGAGGGAGGAAGGAAUCUUGUCGCUGUGGAGGGGCAAUGGGAGCAGCGUCCUUCGGUAUUACCCUUCUGUCGCUCUCAACUUCUCUCUCAAGGACUUGUACAGAAACAUGUUAAGGAGUAACGACUCCGGAUUAGGCCAUCUUGUGUCUGGUCCAGCCGCCAACUUCAUUGCAGGGUCUGCGGCAGGCUGCACAACCCUGGUCCUGAUCUACCCGCUGGACAUUGCACACACCCGCCUCGCGGCUGAUAUUGGGAGGACCGAAGCUCGCCAAUUUAAGGGCAUCUGCCAUUUCUUGGUCACUAUUUGCCAGAAGGAUGGGAUCCGGGGAAUUUACAGGGGUCUGCCUGCCUCCUUGCAGGGGAUGGUGGUGCACCGAGGCCUCUACUUUGGCGGGUUUGACACGAUGAAGGAGAUCCUAUCGGAGGAAUCAGGGCCAAUUGCCCUGUGGAAGAGGUGGGUUGUGGCCCAGGCAGUUACCACUUCGGCGGGGCUUCUGUCUUACCCACUCGAUACAGUCAGGAGGAGGAUGAUGAUGCAGUCGGGAUUGGAGAGGCCAAUGUAUAGCAGCACUCUGGAAUGCUGGAGGAAGAUCUAUCGGACUGAGGGGGUGGGCUCGUUCUAUCGUGGGGCUGCCUCAAAUGUGUUUCGGAGCACUGGGGCUGCCGCGAUUUUGGUACUAUAUGACGAGGUCAAGAAGUUCAUGAGCUGGGGCGGAUUAUAACGUCGACCGACUCUAGUGAGAAUUCUUUCUUCUUCCUCUUUUCCACUAAAAGUGGUAUUAAAGUAGGGUGAUGAUUGAGAAAUACAUUAGGAAACGAGAGAAUGGAAAGAGAAAAGAACAGACAAAUACAAGAGAAGACACACUGUAGAUGUUUUGAGAAACAUUGACGGCCAUGAAGUAGAUGUAUUUGAAGGCUAUGGCAAUCGAGGAGAAUUACAUCUUCUGAUCUUUCAUUGAUGAAAUCAGCAUAACCAAAUAACCAUUUUUUGAAUAAGAAACACAUUGUUUCCUAUCUUA